AUGAGCUGCAGACCUUAUUUAAAGAUGAUGAGCGAGAAAAAAUCGACUGAAAAUUUUGUUACGUUUAGAGAAGAAGAAGAAGAAGAAAAAAGUAGAUACAGUAGAGUUAUGAAACAUCCAAUCAUUUCAUUUUUGAUAAAUGUAACGGUAACUUGGUUGAUAUUCUUUACUUUUCUAAAGAUAUUACAAAUCAAAUAUGGACAGAGACUUUUAGAUUUUUUGAGUUCGAUAUCGGUUCAUGUUGAGUUGUUCUCUAUAAAUUGGUCGACCACUAAAUUCAACACAUCACUGAGAAAGGUAGCAUUGCGAUUCGAACGAUUCUGGAAUUACUUUUAUAGAGUCGGUAAUACCAUUGUACUUAUUUUACUUCCUUUGGCAUUCUUGGGACUUUGUUAUAAUUUAUUUGUUUUACUCCUUAAUAGAUCGAAUGAGAAUGCAAUCAUAACACCAAUCGUUCCUGGUGUAAACUUUCCAUUAUCACAUCUUUGGUAUUUAAUUUUAGCAUUGGUUAUCAGUGCAACCAUACAUGAACUUGGUCAUGCAUUAUGUACAUUAAAGAUUAAUGAUUAUGGAAUUUAUAUAUUUUUCAUAUUUCCAAGUGCAUAUGUCACCAUUAAUUUAGAGGAUAUAGAAAGAAAAUCACAUUGGAAAAAGCUCAGAGUUUUCAGUGCAGGUGUUUGGCAUAAUAUUAUACUGAGCUUUAUUAUAUUCCUUUUGAUGCCGGCUACACCAUAUUUGUUAUCACCAUUGUAUCAUUAUUCGAAUAAGGAACUCUAUGUUUCCUAUGUACCUAAGGAAUCUCCAUUGGCCGGAUCAGUUGCAGUUGGCACCAGAAUACUGGAAGUUGGAGAUUGUACAGUCACAAACACCACAUCCUACUUCCAGUGUAUCGAUAAAUCAUGGAAUGAACCGAAUUCUUAUUGUUUGAAUCUUCAAUUUAAAGAAUGUUUAAAUCAAACACAAAAUGUUAGAUCAUGUAUAGAUCUAGAUCAACUUUUUAAUAUGGUACCAUGCAAUAGUUCUACACCAUGUAGGUCUAAAGAUAAAGAGUGUGUUAAUCUCGCACCAUCUAGGUUAUUUAAAAUUAAACUAUCGACCAGAGACUAUGUCACUGCAGAUGGCACACCAGAGGAACUCUUGUUUGUCGGAACAGCUCAAGAGCUUUGGGAUUCAUUUGCAACCAAUCAUUAUAAAGCAAGAUGGACAUGGUAUCCAGAUAUUUAUUAUUUCGUUGAAACACUUACCAUGUUUACUGUAGCUAUUUCACUGGGUUUGGCAAUGAUGAAUAUGUUACCGAUAGGUGGAUUCGAUGGCAGCUAUAUCAUGUUAUCGAUUCUACAUUUAGUACUAUCGUAUCAUUAUCCUCACAAUUCGAAAGAGAAGAACGACAUCUUGAAGAACAAACUCUACAGAUAUUUCUCAAUCUUUACAACCAUCCUAUUGGUAUUGAAUCUAUCGAUAUCAUUUUACUAUAUAAUAUUCGGACCUGGUGGUCAGCCAGUAGGAUAA